AUGAAAAGUAGGGAGAAGGGUGACACGGAGCUGCCUUUGUCAUGGUCGGAAAGCGAGCGGUCAGUCUUGAAGCUGAAUAUGCGCCACUUGUGUUUAUUUGGAGCAUGGCCGCUGUCAAGGUACCGAAUAUUCCACGUUUACAGCGUCAUCAACCUAGCUCUGGGCAUAUGGUACGUUAACGAGGCCUCGACAUACGUCUCCUACAUAUGGGGAGACAUGGAGGAAGCGACGCUGGUACUCAUUAGUACUUUCAACAUCGGUAGCAUCGUUGUGAAGACGACUCUGUUCCUGUGGUACAGAGGACAGUACUUUGCUCUGGUGCGGCGAGUAGACGAUCUGAUGCUGGUACAGAGCGAAGCCUGCUCCCAGGACCCGGUCCUCGGACACUUGCUGUGGCGCUCCAAGAGGACCGCGGCCCGCCUUACCACGGCCAUGCUGCUGCUCAUGGUGUCCCAGUACGUCACGUGGUACCCCAUGCCGCUCAUCAUGAACUGGGGUGAGCGCCGCUUGCCCCUAGCGCAGCAUCCCUGGGACAACAACAGCAAUUAUUACGUGCUGUCGUACGCCGCACAGUGCAUUUCUGUAUCGUGGAUGACGCAGAUCAGCUUCGGCAUCGACUGCCUCUUCGUGUCCAUUAUGAUCCUCGUGGCCGCGCAGAUGAAGAUCCUCGCUUCGCGUGUGGCCAGUUUGAAGAUGCAAGACGACGAGUUAAGUCGCAAGAAGCACGCAAUUAAAUGUCCCAGAUACAAAUUAUACAGAGAUUUGUGCCUCUGUAUUGAAACCCAUCAACAGCUUCUAAGGUUUAUCAGAGAACUGGAGGACGCAAUGAGUCCAAUCGUAUUGACUCAAUUUGCCUGUAGCGUUCUUGUCACCUGUGUGACGCUGUUCCCAGCAGUUUUCAGCACAGACUUCACUGCAGUGAUUCGGAGUGCCGGCUUCCUGCCCGUGCCAUUAGGACAACCUUAUCUGUACUGCUGGAGUGCUCACACCGUGACAGAACAGGCCGAGGCUGUGUCAGCGGCGGCUUACAGCUGCGCAUGGAUGGAGGCGAGUGAGAGUUUCAAGCGAGCCCUGAGGAUUCUCAUCAGUCGCGCACAGAAGCCGCUGGUGAUCACGGCCGGUCACCUCUACCCCAUCAACAGGCCUGCCUUUGUCUCGUUGGUGAAUGCAUCGUACACGUACUACGCACUGCUGUGUCAAUUCAACAAACGCGCAAAGGAACAAGCGCUCUGA